CGCUUGCGCCUCUCCUUUCCGCAACGUGCUCUUGCUUCGUCGAUACCCUGUCAAGAGUAUCUCCGAUCGAGUUUCGUAGUUUUACAGUCCUGCGCGAGCUACUGGCGUUGUGCUGUCUUCGGUGGUGAGGCUGCCGGCGUCAAGGGGAUGAGAUAAAGCAAGUGUAUCGAGGCGAUGUUUUCCUGGUGAGGAGAACAUACGUAUGCAUCUUGGAUCUUAUCGUUGGGCACACCGGAGUUUAGGCUUUCUGAAAUAUUUCUUAUUCCUGUUUCUGGGAAUUAGGAUCUAAUGACGUUUGAUAAGUUAGAGGAUGCGAACGCGGACCCUUGCGUCCUCCAUCCUUUUAAACGUAAGGCCGAAGGAUAUUGGCGUCAAGUGAAAGAGGAAAUCAAUGAUAAAAUUGUGGUCAACGUUGGAGGCACUUGUUUCGAAACCUCUCGCCAAACUUUGUGUCUCGAUAGCAAAUCAAUGUUCUCUACCUGGCUAUCUCGGCACCACACAAAUAAUUGCACGCUGUGGAUCGAUAGAGAUGCGGAAAGAUUUAGGCAUGUUCUCAAUUACCUUCGAAAUGGAACAGUCUGGCUCAAUGAUAUUCCCUCACUGCAUGGCCUGCGUGAAGAGGCUGACUUCUUUGGCUUGGAAGGCUUGAAAAGCUUAUGCGAUGACUUAGUUCAGGAUUUAGAAAAAAAAAAGGAAGAAAAGUCGAAGAAAUGGUCUAUCCAGCUUCGAGGCGCAAUUCGCGACGUGCUAGAAGAUUAUCAGUUUCCUGCUGCCAAUACUUGUAAAGAUCAGAUGCUUGGUGCACCAACCAGCAGAUACAGAUGGCGUAUUGAACCUGUCUUCCAGACUGAUCUCGACUUCUAGGUUGUAGUCCCUAAACAGCCAUUUUCAAAGCAACAGCUUCUUAACUGUACACUACAGUCUGACAAUGUAAUUACCUUGAAAGACUGAUCAUAUUACGUUGUAAAUUAUAAAAUUCGAUCAAAUUAGAGGCGUCACCCUUGUUAUUUGACUUC